AUGCGGCUGGCCGCUCAGGCCCCGACAAAGCCUGGCGAGGGGGAUUCGCUCAUACGUGGGCGUAUAUUUUCGGAAAUACCCCCACAUCACCUCGUCCCGGUUGCACGGGGGUGGUACUUUACUAAUAAAAAAUAAUAUUACUGUUUAACGUAAAAGCCGAGCAUCCGACGUGUCAGACCAGAUCAUGAUCUACCCGGACCACGUCAGCAUCAAAAGAGACAAAGAAAAUACUCCUAUGGAAAAACCGGUAUGCCCGGUGUCAUUUUCUCUUUAUUGGUCGGAAAUAUCGAAUUUUCCAAAAUACAUUUUUUUUCACAUAUUCCCUCCGUACUCACAUUUAUUACGAAAGAUUGCAUUUUUUUUCAUAAAUAAUAGACGAAGGGACAUAUUGAUAAAUAACCCCUCUCGCUCAAGCACUAGUAACAAAUUUAUGAAUAGCCCCUAACUUUGGCAAGAUAAGCGUUAAAACCCCAUCCUGAAAAAUUUAUGACGACGGCGGGAGAGAGAAAAUGAGAGACCUCUCGUGGUAAUAAGAAUCUUGGGGAAUAAUUAAAUAAUAACUAAUGAGGAAGGGAGAAAAAGCUUGCGAAUGAGAGCGUCAGCGGGAGAGAGAGAGAAGGGGUUUCAUCGGGACGGGAGGCUAAAAGUCAAUAGGUGGCGGCAACAGAGCAGACGGUGAGGAGGAAUGGUGGUGAGGGGACGGACGGCGAGGAGAUAGGACGACGGGGCGGACAGCAAGGAGACGGGACAAUGGUGAUGGGGUGGCUGGUGAGAAGGAGAGUGGUGGCGACGGGGUGGACGGCAAGGAGGUGGAAUGGCGACGACGGGGCGGAUGA